CCCAGCCCCAAGCGUCCCUUGAACAAUAUGCCAGCUGAGACGAGCAUCUCCAGUAAAAGCACAUUUGAGUACUCUUGCCUCUGGAACAUCGCAUGAUUUUGAGGCUGUGUUCAGGCAUGCCAGGCUUUGCUGACUGUACAGAAAUGGGAGGGCUUGGUGCAGCAGCAUGUGUUUGUUGCAUUUCUGAGUGUCUUGCAAACAGCUUUAGCUGAUUAGGCCACUAAAGAUCAUGCUUGGCUUCAGAGCAAGCAAAACGAUAUAACUACACGUGCUGUAUGCAGGAGAGAGUACUCGUCUGGGCUGAUUUGUACCUCUCAGCUUCCAUGCAGGAGAUGAAGAUUAGGUUAAAUGCUUACAAUGAUCUCUGUUAAAACAGUGUUGGAAAGAAAGGGUUUUUUCCUUGGAGGAAGCAUGCUGUGAGUUACCUCCUGCAAGAGGACGAACAGAUUGUAGGUACCGUGAAGGUUGUAUGACCCCACUUACUGUGAGGGAUUUAGGAAGGUAUGUAGUAAAUGUUAAUUUGAUGUGUUUGGAGAUGUAGCUAGUUGUCUUCGUCAGACCCUGCCUUCCUUGACUUCUCCCUCAGAAUGUGCCACUGCUGCAGAGAGCAGUUUCACGUCUGUGCACUCGGCUCUUCCUUUGGCAAAAGCUGCUAUCUUUCAGCACUUACCAAUGCAGCCCCUUUUUGGAUCAAAGCUCCACCCUUUGCGCAAAAGUAGAGCUAAUUCAGCCUCUGUAGCCACAGGCUGUCUUGCAAUGGCUCCUCCUCCCCUCCCACCCUUGGGUGGAACCAGAGAAGGGAAAACUUGACAAUAGUUAGCAGGCAGCAGAGCUCGCAAGAACUAUUGCAGAAGCAUGUCCAACUAGCCCGGUUAGCAGUUAUUCUAUCCUUCCCAAGGGUGCUGCUGCUGCUGAGUACAGGAGAAGAUGGUUAUAGCCAUGGGAGCCAGGAAGAAUCUGAGAAGGAAUGAGCAGCCGAGAGACCUGGCAUUCCUUGGGCAGCUUCAAAGAGAGGUGAAGUAUCUGAAUCAGCGCAAGGUUAAAUGAGCACUGGCUGCUGCCAUGUUGGCAGAACAGAGCUGUUCAGAGGCAGUCGGACAAGUUUGUGGCUGAGCCGGUUUAUCCAGUGUUGAAGAUGGGAAGUUACUUGUCUGCCCCAGCUUACUUCGCUCCCAAGGACCCCUUUCGGUGCUCUGAAUGUCAGGAUCCCCUCACUAACUGGUACUAUGAGAAAGAUGGGAAGCUGUACUGUCACAAAGACUACUGGGGGAAGUUUGGGGAAUCCUGCCAUGGCUGCUCUCUGCUGAUGACGGGACCUGUGAUGGUGGCUGGCGAAUACAAGUAUCACCCCGAGUGCUUUGCUUGUAUGAGCUGCAAAGUGAUCAUUGAAGAUGGGGACACUUACGCGCUCGUGCAACAUUCCACUCUCUAUUGUGGAAAAUGCCAUAACCAGAUUGUGCUGACACCAAUGAUAGAAAAACACUCCACUGAGUCUCUGCGGGAGCAGCUGCCUUAUACGCUGACCCUCAUCUCCAUGCCGGCAGCUACUGAUGGCAAGAGGGGGUUCUCAGUGUCCGUUGAAGGUGGCUGCUCCAGCUAUGCCACUGGUGUCCAGGUGAAAGAAGUUAACAGGAUGCACAUCAGCCCAGAUGUCCGAAACGCCAUCCACCCUGCAGAUCGUAUCCUGGAGAUUAAUGGAGCUCCUAUUCGUACAUUACAGGUGGAGGAGGUGGAGGACUUGAUUCGCAAGACAAGCCAGACGCUUCAGCUGCUGAUAGAGCACGACCCUGUCUCGCAGCGCUUAGACAGGCUUCGCUUGGACUCCCAUUUUCCCACCCACAUAAAGCCGCCCAUUUCCCCACGUUCCCUCUCUCCACUGGACAUCAAGGAGAAUUUGGAAGGAACGCUCCGACGGCGCUCCCUCAGGCGAAGUAACAGCAUUUCUAAGUCUCCUGGCCCCAGUUCUCCAAAGGAACCUCUCCUUCUGAGCCGUGACAUCAGUCGUUCUGAAUCCCUACGAUCCUCUUCUAGCUGCUCCCAGCAAAUCUUCAGGCCCUGUGACCUAAUUCAUGGUGAAGUACUAGGAAAAGGAUUUUUUGGACAAGCAAUCAAGGUGACUCACAAAGCCACAGGAAAGGUGAUGGUGAUGAAGGAGCUGAUUCGCUGUGAUGAGGAAACACAGAAGACUUUCUUGACAGAGGUGAAAGUGAUGCGCAGCCUGGAUCACCCCAAUGUGCUGAAGUUCAUCGGUGUACUGUACAAGGACAAGAAGCUGAACCUCCUCACUGAGUACAUUGAGGGGGGCACCCUGAAGGACUUCCUCCGCAAUGCGGACCCGUUUCCCUGGCAGCAGAAGGUCAGCUUUGCCAAAGGAAUUGCCUCUGGAAUGGCUUACUUGCACUCCAUGUGCAUCAUUCACAGAGACCUGAAUUCACACAAUUGCCUAAUCAAGUUGGAUAAGACGGUGGUGGUGGCUGACUUCGGUUUGUCUCGGCUGAUUGUGGAGGAAAGAAAAAAGCCCACUUUGGAGAAGCCAUCUGCCAAGAAACGAACCCUACGCAAGAGUGACAGGAAGAAGCGCUACACAGUGGUUGGCAACCCAUACUGGAUGGCCCCAGAGAUGCUAAAUGGACAGAGCUACGAUGAGACAGUGGACAUCUUUUCAUUUGGGAUUGUUCUCUGUGAGGUAAGACCAGGACAUUACAUGGCAUCUUUAAUGGACCUUACCUUCCCCAUUGCCAUCUCCUUGCACACAUUCUGGGAGAGAUGGNNNCCUGCUGACUGUCCUCCAGCUUUUUUCCCUCUGGCUGCCAUUUGCUGCAGACUGGAACCAGAGAGCAGGCCCCCUUUUUCCAAGCUGGAAGAUUCCUUUGAAGCGCUCUCUCUCUACCUGGGAGAACUUGCCAUCCCCCUCCCGUCUGAGCUGGAGGAGCUGGACCACAACGUGAGUGUGCAGUAUGGGCUGAACCGUGACAAGCUACCUGAAAACACAACCUAGUCAGCUUGUCCUGCUGCCUGCACCACUUCUGUUGGAGUUGAGAUGAGUGACAGGGAGGGAGAUGCACUUCAGCCGCUUCCAGGGCAUUAACGGGGCACCACGCUGUGCGAUUGCUGCAUUGCCUCUCUCUCCCCACCCAACACCCCUCCUUUUGGACAUCCUGAUUCACUGUCAAUUUCUGGCAUGUUUCAGAAGCAAAAAGGGCUGUUUCCUGCCAACUGCACCUAGGAAAGCUGCUCAACACUAUUUUUCUGGCUUGAGAAAUGUUUCUCUGGCCUUUUCAGGCUUCUUUACUGUGGUGCCUUAGAACUUGGCUGCAAGCUGUGAAGCCACCCUGGCCUGUCUGCCAGGGAGGGGAUUGCUAUAGGAGACUGUUCUGGGCAAGGACCAGCACUUCUUGAACGGCUUCUCCCACUGACUACCCUGCUCAGAAAGCUGGGGAAAUUGGACAUCCAGCAAAAGGCCCCACCAGGACAGCGUGUGCGUGUAUGUUUGUGCAUGUGUUUUCCAGAACAUCCCACUGAGAUUUUGGCGUCUGAGUGAAAAGCCCCAGGUAUUGGGCAGCUCUCCUGAAAUAUCUUGUCUGUGGGGAAGCAUGUAUGAAUUUUUGUUUUGGUUUGGUUUUGUGGGUUUUUUCCUCCUCUGUCUCUGAAUACCUCCAAAAGCCUGCCUAGAAACACUAAGACUGAGCUUUGCUUGCCCCUCCUGAUGGUGAACAAGGCAGGCAGCAAAUGAGCCACUUGAGCAUCUUCAGACCCUGAGCUGGCACAGUGAGUUUGCCCAAGAACCUUAACCUAGGUGAAAGUAUUUGACCUGAAUGCAUAGAACUGCACUAGGCACUGGCUGUGGACAUCCCUGGAAUGAUGAAGCUGCUUGAGCUCUUGGCCUGUGGAUGUGAGGCGACAGAAAGGGUGGCAAAAGGUGCUCUUCAGAAAGCCAAAGGUCUGAAAUGGCUCAGACUUUGUGCAUGGACAAUAGCAAAGGGGGACAUGCUCAAGGUUACUUAAAGGAUGGACUUGUCAUGAACAGAGAAGUGCUGGUGAAUGUCCCAUCCUUCCAGGAGUGGCAGCUGGAGAAUUAAUAAUUCAGUUGCCAUUACC